GACACCCCAGAGGGACAAAUGUAUUACCCAAUCUCGUUCACAUUUGCGGUAGCUGAGAUCCUUUAGCCUAAAUAUGGCAUCUUUUAUAAUCAAACCUGCUUACUUCCGUUGUGUUUUAAGGACAGGCAGGUUCAUAAGCGAGCACGGAACAUUGUGUUCAGACAGAAGUUAUGCCACUGAAGGAGAGAACAGGAUUCCCAAAAUAUACACCAAAACCGGAGACAAAGGUUUCUCAAGCACAUUUACAGGAGAAAGGAGACCAAAGGAAGAUGGUGUUUUUGAAGCCUUGGGAAAUACAGAUGAGCUGUCAUCAGCUAUAGGCAUGGCCAGAGAAUUUUGCCUUGACAACGGACACACCUUCACAUAUCAGCUGGACAAGAUACAGUGCAUUUUACAAGAUGUGGGCUCCAAUAUUGCCACCCCUCGAUCAUCUGCAAGAGAAAGUCACAUGAAGAGAACAAAAUUUACUGCUCAACCAAUUGUAGAACUGGAAACCUGGAUUGAUACAUUUACAGAAGAACUCCCUCCACUGACCAACUUCAUUUUACCUUCUGGAGGAAAGAGCAGCACAGCAUUGCACUUAGCUCGGACAGUGUGUCGCAGAGCAGAACGCAGCGUUGCUCCAAUUGUGCGGUCAGGGGAGACAGACCCAGAUGUUGCCAAGUUUUUGAACAGACUCAGUGACUACCUCUUCACUGUGGCCAGAUAUGCAGCAAUGAAAGAAGGCAAUGAGGAGAAAAUCUACAAAAGACACGAAUGACCAGGAAUAAGCGAAAGGCCGAAUUUGUUUGGGUUUUGGGGGUGGUGCUAAGUGUUUAAUAUGUAUUGUAAAUGUAUUAAUAAAUAUGAAUGACAUUCA